AUGGUAAAACUCUCGAGCUUGGCUAGAUUAUAUUCAAGACCUAAAAGAAGCACCAAAUCCAAAGUAGAGCAGCCACCCCCGCAGAAGAAGGAGGAGAUGAAUACUAUUACAGUCUCCACCAGGGCUAGCUUAUGUUCAAGACCUAUAAGAAGCACCAAAUUAGAGCAACCGCCGCAGAAGAAGAAGAAGGAGUACCGUUCACUCUCCUUAGUCUCCAAGACCUUCCGCUCUCUCAUCUCUUCCCCAGAACUCUACACCGUUCGCUCCCAGAUCGGAAAUACAGAGCCUUGCCUCUGCAUACGCCAAGAGUUACCCACUCAUGAUCGUUGGUACAUUCUCGACCAAACUCUGGUUACUACUACCAACAGUAAUGGUUUGAUUAAGGAUGAGUUUAACUUAUUACCCAUCACUUCGUCCUCUUUAUCAAAGUCAACCACUUUAGCCGUCGGUUUCGAAAUCUAUCAAAUAGGAGGUGACCAGCUGCCAUCAUCCACCGUUCGUGUGCUUGAUUUUCGGACUCGCACGUGGCGUGAUGCUCCUGAUAUGGGGGUAGCAAGGAAAUGCCCCGAGUCUGCUCUUAUAGACAGCAAGAUAUAUGUAGUUGGAGGAGGAACAGAAGAGUCUGAGGUUUUCGACCUAAAGUCUCAGACUUGGAAUCCAUUGCCUAGCCUUAGUGACGACGGUGACUACCCUGAGGUUCAGCUUCGCAGAGGAGAGCUAUUCGCCACCACAAGUAAGCAUAAAAAGUUGUCAAACAAGGAACAUGGAAGGAACAUCAAGGGCUUCCUUUUAUGA